AUGGUCAAGGAAAUCAAGACGCGCAACGCCAAGCGUGCUCCGGACGUCGUUGCUCGUGACUACACGAUUAACCUGCACAAGCGUCUUCACAAAUGCGUGUUUAAGAAAAAAGCUGCUCGUGCCGUGCGGGCCAUCAAGAAGUUUGCAGUCAAGGCCAUGAAGACCGAGGACGUGCGAAUUGACUCGAAGCUCAACAAGUUUAUCUGGUCCAAGGGUGUGCGCAAUGUGCCUUUCCGCGUCCGUGUGCGUCUGUCGCGCAAGCGCAACGACGACGAGGACGCCAAGGAGAAGCUCUACACGCUCGUGCAGCACGUGCAGGUGGCCAGCUUCAAGGAGCUCCAGAACGAAACUGUGGACGAGUAA